AUGGACUCCCUGAUUCUGCUGUGCGCAGGUGUACUCACGUAUACGUGUGGAGAGUCUGCGGGUGCAGCUGGUAUCCUGCCCAUCGGCUCAGCCGAAAGUUCGCAUUCGAGUGACUGGGAAGUGUCUGGGAAGCGAUUUGGGACCGCCUCCAGAAAGGGUUCCGACGAGGGUUCAGUACAAUCGGCUAUGUCCUUCUCUUACAAACUCAUUUAUGUAUCGCGAAAGUACAAAAUGCCAUCAUGUCAUACGUUAAUCGAUUUGAAGAAAGCCUUUAACACCGUCGAGGUAGAAGCGGUAAUCGGUGCUCUGGGCAACCAGAGUAUUCUUACUCAAUAUCGGGUGGGCGGACACGUUAUGCGAUACAGUGAUGACCGUUGGACCGGGGCGGCUACUGACUGUAUCCCUCGGGACAUUCAACAACCUCCAGGACGGCCGCAAUGCGAUGGUCAGACUCUUCACGAGAGCGCUGACGAAAGGAAUGCUGAGCCUCGUGUCCCUGAAGCGAGGAUGACUCACUGA